AUGGCAAGUGAGGAGGAGAGUGUUCUUGUUCUAGUGCAUUGCUCUGGAAAAAUUCAAAAAAGCAAAAGAUAUGGUGUGAAGUUCACUGAUAGAGAACCGGUGAGUGUUUUCAUCAGUUCAACAAGCACGUUGUCAGAUCUAAAGAACAGCAUUUUACAGAAGCUUGGGAUUUCUGGUAGCAAGUUUGUGAAGAAGUUAUUCUACAAGAUUCCCAUUGCAGUUGUCUCGACCCGGGUUCAGUAUGACACCUUUGUGCUAGCGGCUGAUGAAGACAUUAGGGUUCUGUUCCAUUGUGUCAGAAGUUUUCCAGAGGUCAGAACACACGAGUUACUCGCAAAGUUGGAUGUUGGGGUGGAUAGUUCUAGGGCAUCAGCUCCAUUUCAUAACUCAAGUGGCGUAGGAUGUGCGUCUUGUUCGAUGCCUGUGAUAGCACCGUCUGUUCCGCUAGUGGCAUCCCCAUCAUUCGCGGCUGAUUUAGAUCAAACGGAGGCUGUUGGUUCUGCACCUUUGCAGGAUCCAGGGCUCCGUGGGCAGGCAUAUGAGGUGGGCACUGGUGGAGGCUUGAUUCCUGAUGUGCAAGGGUUUGGGGAACCUGAUCGAGUAGAGAACGCAAUGUAUGAUGAUGAGUCUGACCAGGAGCCUGUAGAUAUCAUUGGGGACAGUGAUGAUGACACAACUGCCAAUCCACCUACACAGCCUGGGGCUUCAAGUUCUGGCACUCAGCAAUACCCUCCACACUUCUCGACUUUAAACUUGGAGGCUCUGGGUGAACAGGCGGCGGAUGGUGGUCCCACAGACUACAACAUCCGUCGAGGUGUUGAGUACAGAGUCAUUGAAUCAGAUCAUCUGAAAUAUCAUGGAAAAUGCAAGGAGUUUGGCAAGGGUUGCACUUGGUUGAUUCGCGUAGCGCUCCGUGCACGCAAGGGCACUUGGGAGGUUCGGAAGUACAACUGCCCACACACCUGCUUGGCUACAUCUAUAUCGAGUGAUCACCGUCAGCUGGAUUACCACGUUAUUUGUGCGAGGAUUCUUCCGUUGGUUAGGACAGAUGCUGCAGUUACGGUAAAGGUAUUGCAACAAGCUACAGAAGCAGACUACGGUUUCAGGCCUAGUUACAGGAAGGUUUGGCUGGCCAAACAGAAGGCAGUGGCACAAAUAUAUGGAGAUUGGGAAGAAUCAUAUGCGGAGUUGCCAAGUUGGAUGCUAGGGGUACAGUCUACCAUGGCUGGGGCAGUUACUGUUCUGAAGACCUCUCCUAUUCGUGUUGGGGGUGAGGUUGAUGAGUCUACGCCCCUCGUCAGUAUUGAUGGCACCCACUUGUAUGGCAAGUAUGGAGGGACGCUGCUAUUGGCCAUAGUGCAAGAUGGGAACUCGAACAUCCUUCCCAUCGCAUUCACCCUUGUUGAGGGAGAAAAUGCAGAAUCAUGGUCAUUCUUCUUGUCCAACCUACGAUCGCAUGUGACGCCACAGGAGGGCAUCCUUGUUAUCUCUGAUAGGCAUAAUGGCAUCAAGUCAGCACUUGAGGCACCUGAGACUGGAUGGCUGCCUCCACAUGCCUUUCGUGCCUACUGCAUUCGUCAUGUGGCUGCGAAUUUUGCCCUUACCUUUAAAGGUAAGGAUGCAAGGAGGAUGUUGGUCAAUGCUGCAUAUGCAAAAACUGAAGCAGAGUUUUAUUAUUGGUUUGACAUCAUGCGGUCUGAGAAUCCGGCAAUGUGUGACUGGGCCAAUCGGAUGGAAUACGACAAGUGGACACAACACGAGGAUAGUGGUAGACGGUUCGGGCACAUGACAACCAACAUUAGUGAAUGUGUGAACUCCGUGUUAAAGGGAACUCGCAACCUCUCGGUGACAUCGUUGGUUAAGUCAACGCAUCAAAGCGAGUACACUGUGGCUGAGACAACACCGACUGGGAACUUUUCGCUGGGUAGCUACAGAGUUUCCCUUAAGGACCAAACCUGCGAUUGUGGCCACUUUCAGGCGCUCCACUAUCCCUGCUGCCACGCUAUAGCUUGUUGUGCCUACUCGCGCCUUAAUUGGGCGUCAUAUGUUCACAAGGUGUAUCGUAUGAGUGAGGUGUUCCAGGUUUACAAGCUGGGUUUUGUUCUUCCUAUCCCAGAAGGGCUAUGGCCCCCCUAUGCUGGCCCAACCGUCAUUCCCGAUCCUAACAUGAGGCGUGCAAAGGAAGGUCGUCCGAAGGCAACCAGGAUCCGUGGUAGUAUGGAUCGGACUGCGGAUAACCUGCCGAAGCGAUGUGGACUAUGCCGUCAGCCUGGGCAUACGAGGCGGAGCUGUGACCAGCGACUGCAUCAUGCUGGAGGGGGUUCUUAG